CGACACCGAUGUCCAAUAAUCAUAAGUUCGUCUGGUAAACGUACUAUACUAAUCAAUUUAACUUGUAGUGUUUACAUAUUUACUACGAGAUAUAAUUAUGGGUUAAGUCGGUACGUGAACGGUUGUGAUGAUUAGACUGACUAACAGAUACUAAAGCUGGCUACCUCGUGGAUUUCAUUGUUUUUGAAGUGGAAGAAGUGAAAAUAGAUAAAACUUUUUUUUCUUAUUUUCGCAAUGAAUCAACUCGACCUGCAGGCAAAAAGGUCGAAGAAAAGGUUAAUCUGCAUUCCUCCCGGAUUACUUUUGGUUCUUACAAUUUGCCUGAUUCUACAUAUGGGAUAUAUCCGUGCACCUGCACCCCCUUUAAGGCUGCCUGUAAUAUAUGCAAAUGCCAAUAUAGAUGAUGUACAAAGACAGCUGAAUGAACUGUUACGAGAAUACAAGCCCUUUCAAAGAUGCAAAGACAGUUUGUUAGCAGCUGAUCCAAGGCGUUCUAAAAUUGAACUGAAGGGUGAUCACGUUGUUAACCUCACAGAAACUGUUCGUCUUAGCGUUAUUCUUUACGAUGGGUAUGGCAGACCAAAAACGACUGGUGGAGAUCACCUGCGUGCCAGGUUGUAUAAUAACUCUGUUGACGCUUCUGUACCUGGACAAGUUUUAGAUCACAGAAAUGGUACCUAUACUGUAACUAUUGAAGCAUUGUGGACUGGUUGGGCGGCAGUGGAGGUAGAGGUGUUGUUUCCUAGAGAAAUAAUAGCAGCUGGAUUGCGAAUAAGGACAGCAUGGAAUUUCUCUGACCUAAGGGCAAAUUUUCGUAAUAAAAACUCUUCUGGAGCGUCGCUGUGUAAUCCAGAUUUUCAAGUUUUGGAAAGACUAUAUGGAAAAUCUGCCGUUUGCAACUUCUCAUAUUGGAAUAAAACACUACCAUGGUUUUGUGGAAAACCACAUGUUCGACAUUUAUCAUGUAAACAUUGGGUUUCAAUUUCACGUUCCUGGCACAACUUCACGGAAGGCAUCAGCAAAUGCGAAAAGGAGUUGAGCGAAAGAGCAUAUAACACAAUACCAAAGAAAGUAUUAAUAAAAAUACUGCCAACACGCUCAGCAAAAAGUCAAGUCACAGUGGAACAGCCACAUAUUACUUGUAUGGAUUACAACACAACACAACUGUGGUACAAAUCGAAGCCUACGGGUUAUUUUUACAAAGGGAAUUGGAUACUUCGGCAUUGCAAAGGUCUUUCUGGUAUCGAUGGAAAAUGCCUAGGUGAUAAAACUAUCUACUUUUGGGGAGACUCAACACUACUUCAAUGGCAUAAUUAUUUGCUGUCUAAGUUGACAUUCAGCUGUAAGAUUGUACAAAACGAUAAACAUACAUGGAGAAGAACAACGACAUGCUUUUGCAGUAAAUACAAUAUAACAUUGAACUGGAUGCCACAUAAUAUUCCCGUCUCACCUUUUCAGGUUAAAAAUCCUAUUCCCUUUUUUUCAAACACGUUUGGUGACACAGUCAGCAAUGUUAAAAAAGGUAGUGAUGUUAUCUUAAUAGUCAAUUUAUAUGCACAUAUACAAAUGUACCCACUUAAAUAUUUUGCAGUUCAUAUCGUAGAAAUUAGAAAAAUGAUAGAAACUAUUUUUGAAAAAGUUUAUAACGUACGGGUGUUUAUAAAGUUACCUCACACCUUUCGUGAAAUACGUCAUAAGAAAUGGAAGAUAGUACAGCCCAGUUAUAUUGGCAUUAUUUACACAGAUAUUAUGCGAAAUGUGUUUAAAGGACUAUAUCAAAAAGUAAUUGUAUUAGACAAUAAGGAUGCAACAAUUGCUAUAGGAGUGUCACGCUUACAUCCUGCCCCAAAGGUUGUGAAAGCAAUGAUAAACCAGCUCCUAAGUUAUAUUUGUAACGAGCAAAAAUAGGAGUUUCAAGGAGAACACUUUUAUCAUUGUCUUGUUUAGACAUGUUUACCAAAUAUCGACCCUAUAUCGUUAUCUUCUGUGCAUUUCAUCGGCAUACCUAAUACUUGACAAUUUUGGUGAAGAAGGUGUGUGAAUGUGUGGGUCUGCAGCAUGUCAAUAUGAAUAUAACACCACAAUUCUGAACAAAUUAUUUCCAAACAGGUAAUUUUAUACAGUUUCCAUAAGGUUGAUUUAAAACUUAUGACAUUUAUCUAUUUUACAUAGUCAUUAAGAAGUUUAGUUAGUCUUAUGGCACAUUUCAACAUCUGUUAGCGAUUUUUUUUUAUACUUGGAGCUGAAAGGUGAAGGCAUGUAAGAAAUCAAAAGGGGAGGUAAUUAAAAAAAAUAAAGUAGUUCAUUACAUCUCAUGAAUUGAUUUAAUCAAACCGAGUCUGCUCUUACUUUUCUCAGUUGCAUUCUAUGCUUCGAAAGGAUCUUUUUAUAGAUCUUAUCAUUUGUCAUUUCUUUGUACAAAUUUGUGAAAGUUUUAAAGAUUCAUAGAUGUCAUUUCAAUCAAUAUCAUUUGAAUUGUCUUAAAAUUCAAUUAUCUUUUUCAAAAAUGUAAAACAUAAGAUUCUACAACAGCAAUAGAAAAUAAAGGGUUAGGGGGUAUAGGGGUGUAAUAUAAACAUUAUCCAACAAAAAUAGUCAAAAGACCUGCAGAUAUCUCCAAUUAUUUAUUACUAUCAAAUAACCUCAGUUUUCGGAAUGGAUACUCUCUUUCACAUAGCCUUACUCGUAAGGAUUAUCAGUAUGGCUUAUUUUAUGAUCUGAUAUUCUAUAGUUGCCAACCCUUUCAGCAUUUGCCGAAUCUGCAUUUUACUAUUAGGAAAGUUUGUUUUUUUUAUAAAAUACCGCUUUAAUAGAUGAAACCUUAAUAUAAAUAAACAACUAAGCUGAAUUUAAAUAAGGGACAUUAAAUGCUUGAUGUUUAAAACUUAUUUUAUCCACGUUAUGACCAUUACUCAAUGAAUGAUCCUGUUUACAGUUCUUCUUCUUUUUUAUAAAAAAAAAAAUUCUGAAGCUAAAAUAUGGAUAGACAGAGAGUAAAACUGGAAGACUGGUUUUCAAUACUUUAUUUGUAAUAAGAUAUAUCGUUACAUAUGGUACUCUGUUUCUCGCACAAGGAGUUCCAUUCAAAUACUCACAAGGGUAAUAUAUUUUGCAGAUCUGUCUAUGAAAUAAGCUUAGGUCUUUCACAAAAGUCGACAUUUUAAGUGCCGUGUGGCGGUCGUCAAAUGUCUCCGGAUACUUUGAUUCAGUGUGCCCCAUGUUGUUCUGGGACAAUCUGUGUAUGAAAAGAAUUAGAACCACUGCCUUACUCUUGCAUGAUCGUAAGAGGCGACUAAUAGGGUCUUGACACUUGGUUUUGCUGUAACUCUGUGAUUCCAGCAGGUAUGCAAAUUUUGAUUCCAUACCUCAUGUUUUUAUUUCGAUGUAAAUGAGAUGUGAAACCAAAAUUUAUAGUCCUGUUUGGCGCCAUAUAAUCUAUAUUGUGUUGGUGCACCGUAAUGCUCAAAUAAAUAAAUAAAUAAAUUGAUU